CGCGUCCGAAUACGAAUGAUCUCCUCGUUCCGCCAUGUUGUGCGGAAGCUCUCAACGUGCAGACUCUACACAACUACAUCAAGUGCAAGCUCAGUCAUAACACCCACACAUUCUAUAUACCUCAGCACGUCUACGAAUCCAUAUUUUAAUCUCUCGUUUGAAGACUGGCUAUUCAGACACGCGCCCCAGAAGGAGCCGCUACUCCUACUGUAUAGAGAUGCACCAUGUGUUGUCAUAGGACGCAACCAGAACCCAUGGAAGGAGGUCAACCUCCGUGCAGCUCGUGCUCAGGGCAUUCCCUGGAUGCGUAGACGCAGCGGGGGCGGGACGGUGUACCAUGACCUUGGUAACACGAAUUUCUCCAUCCAUGUCCCACGUACGUCUUUUGAUCGUGGUGCGACCGCACAGGUUGUGCUCCGCGCCGUACGUGCACUCGGGAUCAAUGCUGAUGUGAAUGAGCGGAACGAUAUUUGUGUGGGAGGUGAGAAGGUGUCGGGCUCAGCGUACAAGAUCGUGAGCGGGCGUGCGUACCACCAUGGGACGAUGUUGAUCAGCACGAGGCUUGAGACACUGGGGGACUUGUUGAGGGUGGGGAAGGAAACGAUGAUUACCAAGGGUGUUGCGUCUGUGCGUUCGCCUGUGUGCAACCUCGCUCAGUUCAGUGAGACAGUGAGCAAUGACACGUUCGUGAACGCUGUCGUGGACUCAUUCAAAGCCGAAUACGGCGUUAACGAUGAGCCAUGCGUCGUCAACGAUACUGACGACCUCGCGCAAAUCGAAUAUAUGCAGCGUGGGAUGGCAGAGUUGCCUAGUUGGGACUGGGCUUUUGGCCAGACGCCCGAAUUCGAGUACACGGUCACGAAGUCGUUUGUGUGGGGGGACGUCACAGCACAUAUCCACGCUCGACACGGGAUCAUUCUCUCUUGCACGCUGCAGGGGUAUGGAUUUGUCGAAGAUGAAGAGCUGGGUGUAGAUGUAAGUGGAAAGGUGGCGGAUGUGUGGGCGUGGCUGAAGGAGGAGACGAGUUCCUAUGAUUGA